AUGCGCGCGUACCCCGGGUGCUCCCCCGUGCCCUGCGACCAGUUCGACGACGCCUUCACUGCGGUGGAGCAGUGGCUGGUGGGACGCGCAGUGCUGCCGAUAGAGAACAGUCUGGGGGGCUCCAUCCACCGCAACUACGACCUGCUGCUGCGGCACCGCCUGCACAUCGUGGGCGAGGUGCACCUGCCCGUGCACCACUGCCUGCUCGCCCUGCCCGGCACACAGCCCACACAGCUAACUCGCGUGCUCUCGCACCCUCAGGCGUUGGCGCAGUGCGAGGCGACGCUGAAUCGCCUGGGAGUGGUGCAGGAGGCUGUGUAUGACACGGCUGGGGCCGCGCAGAUGGUGGCGAAUCAGAAGAUGGGGGCCGUGGGAGCAGUGGCGAGCACGCGGGCGGCGGAGAUCUACGGCCUUGAGAUACUGGCGGAGGGCAUUCAGGACGAGGCGGACAACUUCACGCGCUUCCUGGCGCUCGCCAGGGAUCCCGUGCUGCCCUCCACCCACCGCCCCUUCAAGGUGCCUCUUCUGCCACCUCCCCGCCCCUGCUUCCUCCCUCUCGUUCCUCGCUUCCCGUGCCACCAUACUUGCCUCUCGCCAUACUUGCCUCUCGCCAUACUUGCCUCUCGCUAUACCUGCCUCUCGCCAUACCUGCCUCUCGCCAUACCUGCCUCUCGCCAUACCUGCCUCUCGCCAUACCUGCCUCUCGCCAUACCUGCCUCUCGCCAUACCUGCCUCUCGCCAUACCUGCCGGCCUGCACCAUCGCUGCUCCUUCGCCCCUCACCACUCAAUCCCAGCACUUCCUGCACCUUCCAUAUGCACCCCCCCCCCCCCCAAUUGUCCACCAGAAGAGCAUAGUGUUCGCAUUGGAGAAGGGCGCGGGCGUGCUGUUCCUGCGUGUGACCAUGCGUACGUGCAUCACUCACCGCGAGGUCGCGCCUCACCACCUUCCAUCCUUGCACGCCCUGCACCUCCCCUCUACCCCGCCCCCCUCCCCCCCACCACGCCCGCCAGACGAGCAUAGUGUUCACGUUGGAGAAGGGCGCAGGCGUGCUCUUCAAGGCGCUCUCAGUCUUCGCCCUCCGAGACAUCAACCUUACCAAGAGUCGAGGCCGCACAGGGACAAGCCGCUCUAUGUGGACUGGUUGGACCGCUCGUCCCUGGCUGCACCUGCCAUGCCUCUCGCAGACACCCCUGCCUCCGCCUCUCAAGAUGCCAUGGCGUACCAGUCGUUUGACUACCUCUUCUACAUUGACUUCCAGGCAUCCCUUGCGGAGCCGCGCGUUCAGAACGCCAUGCGCCACCUGCAGGAGAUGGCGCCAUUCCUGCGAGUGCUGGGCAGCUACCCCAUGGACGUCAACCCCAUGGAGGCCCCUUCCUCCGCGCCCUCUGCGCCUGCUAGCCUCUGA